AAAAAAAAGAAAAAAGACCUUUUUUUCGUUUUGCUCCAUGCUCUCGGAUAGGACCUGUGUUUAUUUAUUUUUUUUAAAUUAGGUAUCGCCUCGGUAUAUUGACCGCUUGCUUGUGCUGCUGGAAAGAAAUGCUUCUUCGUUUGCUGCAGCGCAACUAUUCACAUCCAGGCUCAUGUGGAGGAACAUCUGGAGGAAAGAUCUACCAUGAGCAUUCACGGCACGCACUGAUGAGUCGCGCGAGCCGGAGGAAAUCGUCCGAGCACAUCUCUUCAUUUGUGACCAUCUAACAUGUGCGGAGAUACGGAGAGGUGUUUUGCACCGAAGGGAACACCACUAAUUCCAGCAAGGAGACUCUAAGCUAUCUGGGACACGUCCGUUUGAAUGCGAAACCCAGCAGCGUCCUGGGGAUUGAGAGGAUGCCCGCUGCCCUCGCCCUGCUGAUCAUCAUGUCCGCGCCGUAUUUCAGCCCCGGCUUUGCCCUCAGCUCGCAUUUUGAUUCAGAUGGCGUUCCUCUGAGUGAGCUCUCUUGGUCAUCCUCUCUGGCUGUAGUGGCUGUGUCUUUCUCUGGCCUCUUCACCUUUAUUUUCCUCAUGCUGGCUUGCCUGUGCUGCAAGAAGGGAGAGAUUGGAUUUAAGGAGUUUGAGAAUGCAGAGGGAGAUGAAUACCAGGCCGACAUGUCGACGCUGGCGUCUCCAGCCUCUGCCGGCAGCCCUGACGUCUACGUCCUGCCUCUCAGUGAAGUCUCACUGCCUGUCGCCAAACAACCCAGCCGCUCAGUCCAACUCCUGAAAUCAGCAGAUGCAUCACGCCACAGUUUGCUGUACAUUAAAGAGAUUGGGCAUGGAUGGUUCGGCAAGGUGUUGUUGGGGGAGGUGACCUCUGGUCUCAGCAGUACUCAGGUGGUGGUGAAGGAGCUCAAGACGAGUGCUGGUAUUCAGGAACAGAUGCAUUUCUUGGAGGAAGCACAGCCUUACAGGUCCCUGCAGCAUCCUGCUCUAGUGCAGUGUUUGGCUCAGUGCACGGAGGUCACGCCCUACCUGCUGAUCAUGGAGUUCUGUCCUUUGGGUGAUGUCAAAGGUUAUCUGCGCAGUUGCAGAGCAGCGGAAUCUGUCGCUCCUGAUCCACUGCUUCUUCAACGAAUGGCUUGUCAGAUCGCUUCUGGCCUUCUGCAUCUCCACAAACAUGACUACAGCCACAGUGAUUUGGCUUUAAGGAACUGCCUUCUGACAUCAGAUGUUACUGUCAAGAUUGGUGAUUAUGGCCUGUCACACAACAAGUAUAAGGACGAUUACUUUGUGACAGGAGAUCAGUCCUGGGUACCAUUACGCUGGAUUGCCCCUGAACUGGUUGAUGAAGUUCAUGGAAACCUCUUGGUAGCAGACCAAACAAAACAAAGCAAUAUUUGGUCUCUGGGAGUAACAAUCUGGGAGCUGUUCGAGUUGGGGAACCAGCCUUAUCGACAUUACUCUGAUCGGCAGGUCCUAAGCUAUGCUGUGAAGGACCAACAACUUAAACUGCCAAAGCCACUGCUCCAGUUUCCCCUUUCUGAUCGCUGGUAUGAAGUGAUGCAGUUCUGUUGGCUUCAGCCAGACCAGAGGCCUAAUGCUGAGGAAGUUCACCUACUGCUCAGUUACCUGUGUGCCAAAGGUGCCAGUGAGGCUGAAGAAGAUUUUGAGAGGCGCUGGAAUUCAAUGAGACCUAACAUGACUCAUGGUAGUCUGCAUGGGGCUGGGCCUCUAAACCUGGAGAUGCCACAAUCCUCAUUCCCUUUACUGGAGCAAUUUUCAGCUGGUGAUGGCUACCAGUCUGAGUCAGGAGAUGACAUUCUCACAAUUACUGAGACCAGUCAUGGCCUAAACUUUGAAUACAAAUGGGAACAAGCAAGAGCCAAACAACCCUAUCCAUCCUCAUCCACUACUGGAACAUUAGGUCAAGGGAAUCCCCAUUGCCAGGAGGUCUAUUACCCUCCAGGCGGUAUGGUAGGCGGAUGUGGAAUUGAUGGACUCACCUUAGGGGUCUCUCCUCAGUUCUAUGACCCCAAGCAGUUACACACUCGCGGUGUUGUUCCAGUUUUAAGUGCACAUAGUCCAUCAGUGAAUAGUGAGUAUUACAUUCGUAUUGAAGAGCCAGUAGAAUGCAAUAUUGACAUGGAAUACACAAUGUGUACAUAUAGCCCUGAAUUUGGGGGCAGCAACGGCAGCUUUCUCACUGGUAGUGGAGACUCAGGGGAUUGUAUGAACUGUCCUUCUAAAAGCAAGCCAAUUGAAACAUAUUGGUCAGCUGACAUCCUCAAAAGCAGUGCUUAUGACUCAGACAGCAGUCCAACCAUGUCCCUAAUUAUGGAGCCCCUUCUAGGUCAGGUAUCUGACUCCAGUCCACUUAGGCCUUGGGAGUCAGGUCAUUAUGUAUCAUACAAAGACAGGGAUGGGGGCUAUUACUAUGAAAAUUCGCCAUCCCUGGGUAUGGACCACUACCUGAUUGGAGGCCCAUCAGAACCCAUGAGGGAGAGCUGGGGGUCUCGAAGCCUAAGACGGGCACUAGGUGAGCUAGAGGAACCCUUAGGGAUCCCACCCUCUCUUGUCAGCCCCCCAAAGGGCUAUGUUGACCCUUACCUAGAGAGCAGCCAAGGGUCCAUAAUUGGGAAGAAUGUAACUGGAGGAUAUUAUGACAUGAUGGGUUCCCUAAGAAAGAUCAUGCCAGGGAAGCACUCCGUGUGUAUUGACAUUGAAUCAGGGGGAGCUGUGUUUGUGGGGCAAGACGACAGUGAAUCAGAAGAAGAAGAGGAUCUAUUCAUUGAAAGACAGGCAAUGGGCUGGUCCACCAAUCAAUCUGCAAAACAUUCAUCAAAACAAGAUGCAUAUGCAGACUUUCAUUACACGAUGCCAAUGACCGAUGUUGAGGAUGCAUGGCCAGAGAGUCAUAGUCUCCCAUACCGCUCAAGUAAAAUGCUUAACUACAUGGAAGGCAGACCCAAAAGCAACACAUGCCCUGUGCAUGGGAGACAAGCAUCAGCAUCCUCGGGAGACUGCAGCUCAUAUAUUCAUCUAUGUCAUGAACCCAGAGAAGCAGAGGUAUACCCUGUACCUUGUUGUCAGGCUUUGAGCAACUCCCAUUUUGUAGAUCCACUUACAGGGUCAUUAAUACGAAAUUGUUUCAUGAAUGACAAUAUUCCUGACAAAACCACAGGCAUACCCAGCAGGAACACACAAGUAAGCCAAGCUGACUUACCUACUGCCCAGUUAAUUUCCAAAUCAGCGACAACAAAAGACAUUUUAAAACAGGCUGAACAUCCAGAAUACAUUGACACUGGGGUCAGAGAAGGAGUGUAUAAACAAGACAGUACUGAACAACAAAAUAUAAGUCAAAUAAAUAUUAAAGCAGAAGUUUUAACCUUAACCGAACAGGUGGAGAAACCCGUUACUGAGGUCUCUUCCACAGAGCCUGAAUCCGACAGAAGCAGGAUGGUGGACAGUGGUGUGGAACAUGGACAUUCCAGCACCAGCCCAGUGGAUAUUGAUAAUUGUAGUGAUGAUGACAUAACAGAUAUCACCUCUGGGAUUUUUGAAAACUUUGCAGGAGAAUAUGCCGAGACAACUGACUACAGCUCCCCUUCAAUCAAGUCAAUGCAAAAGCAAGUUGGUACACCCGACUCCAUGGAUUCCAUAGAUCUACCAUCAACUGCAGGCUCCAUUGAGACUCUAAGCCCAGCCUCUCUCCAUCCUUCAAAUUCCCCUAGAACUGUGGAUAGUGGCUAUGACACAGAGAAUAACGAGUCUCCUGAAUUUGUCCUCAAAGAACCCCUUGAACCACAAGACACCAAGACCUUCAUACAGCCACUUGGCAUGUCAGUCAUUGACUCAAGCCCAGUCAUAGAAGAAAAAGGAAAAGAUGGGGCUGACACACAAGAGAAUGUGGAGGAUGUGGAGGAAGAAGACAUCAUGACAACAUCUGAGAGCUGUGAAAAACUUACUGUACUCAGUGAAAAAACCCCAUAUAGAGAUUCUGCUUAUUUUUCUGAUACAGAUGCAGGAAAAGAGAAAGAGAAGGAUGAAGACAGAGUAAAAGGUAAGGAUGAUUUUGAAAGAAAGGAGGAGGAAGGAAUGCAAGCCAUAGACCAAAAAACAUUACCAAAACCAGUGGUAGAACAAGACCAAGAAAAGUCAAAUGUUCUGAAAACAGAAGAAAAAAGUGAAAUUUUAUAUAAUGAUAUUCAGGAAGGGACAGAAAGAACUCUACCAUCAAAGGAAGAUGAAAAUGUUUCCCUAAGUUCUCCUGAACCAACAAUUAUUUUCUCUGUAUCCCCUGAGAGGAGUAAAUUCCCUAUAAAUGACGCUCUCCAAGAGGAAGACUGUGACCAGAAUUCUGACGACCCACAAGAAGUGCCAUCUGAGAAUCAAUUAUCUGAUCUAACUGCCUUGCCAUUUACUGAUACCAAGCAAGAAAAUCACAAAACUGAGGAGACAGAGACCACCUUUGCUUUUAAACCAUCAACAACUACACAUUUAGUUGAAGACAGAAAUGUUGAAACAAGUCCUGAUAGCUUUAUCGAUGCAAAUGAAGUCAACCAGGAAAAUCAAGUUACUGAGGAAGCAGCAUCAAGCCCUUAUUCUGUUGCAUUAUCAGCUCAGGACCAAGUGGAGGUAUUUAUAUCUGACAAGAAUGUUUCAACUGAUAUGGUUGUUGACAAGCCUGAAACUCAUGAUGGUAACACGAAAUAUGGAGUUCAGUUUCACAAGAGCUCCACACGUGCUACAUCUCCUCCUCCUCCUCCCCCUUUGCUUGAGGGAAGAAUGUCCCCAGUGGAGAGAGGAGAAGCUGAUGAUGAGGACAGAGAUUCAGAGGACAGUGAUGAAUCAGAUGAGGAACUGCGCACCUACAGUAUCCAGGAACAGAGUGAGGAGAGUGAAGAUGAAAUCCUACCAGUGCCCAUCAUUGUGAGUGAUUGCAGUGAUGCUCAUAAACUCAGAAGCGUUCUCAAGAUGCCCAGCCAGUGUAUCGAUAACCUUGGCAAUGACUUGGAGUCCAAGAAGAAGGUGGUGUCCUUCUUUGAUGAUGUUACUGUCUACUUAUUUGACCAAGAAAGUCCAACCGGACAACUAUCCGAACAUGCCUUUCCCCUGGGAGGUGAGAUAAACACACGGGGUGCAAAGUGCACAGUAUCAAACCAGCAAGAAAAGGCCAAUUCCACUGAUGACUCCUCAGAUGGAAACAUUUCGGAAGAAAGUACAGGUUUUGAGUGGGAUGAUGAUUUUUCUUUGCUGCCACUACCCAUCUCACCAAAGGAAUCACCUCCAGACAUCAAGGCUAAACCAAGCUUUCCACCCAGUGCCAUAAAUAGCAAGCCUGUAGGGCAAUUCUCUCGCUUCACAGUUUCUCCAUCCCCAAUUUCACGUUUUUCUAUCACCCAUGUUUCUGAUUCAGACAUGGAUUCUGCAGGAGGAAGCAGUGAGGAUGGAGAAAGGGAAUGAAUGCUGCACACCACUGCCAUCUAUGUGGAGUGCUCUGCAUGGACCUCUUUUCUUCAUACCUGCUGGUUUUUGCAAUGAAAAUUAUACUGUUUCAGAAAAUGUGUGGGAUCCUUCCAAGGACAGUGCCUACGGUAUUAAUGUGUGGCCCUUAAUGAGCAUAUCACAAAUGAACACACUUAUGGACAUCUGCUUCUAGGAAGAAUGUUACAAAUCAUGAAUAUCCCAAGUAAUACCAUUUUGUUAAAAUCCUACCUAUUUUAUUCUAGGGACAAUUUUGAAGGAACAACAGUAUAUGUACUGUGAAGACAUUGGAUAUUUAUAAAAGACAUCACAUAUUUUCAUAAAUCUUGGGUAGUAUCUUAAAAUGAAAGAUACAAUCAACGUUAUUUUCCCCAGGAAAAAAAAAUAUAAAGAAAAUCAAGAGACUUUUUUUUUCGAGGAGACUGACUGUGAGUUAUGAGGAAUCAUGACCUAAAAAACAAUUUUGCUAACAAUGAUUUAUGUUGCUAAAGGAAGAUACAUUAAGAGAGCCUGCUGUGUGUCAGUGAUUGAUUUGUAUUUAUUUUAAUUAAUUCAUUUAUUUAUUUUCUUUUUAAUUGCGAUAGCAAACUUAUCUUCUUUUUACAUUUCACAUACAGGAAAGUGGCAAACUUUUACAAGCUGCUUAAAAAUAUUUAAGAGAAAGGAAACACAUAGCUGCCUUGAGUCAGCCAUCUACUUGUAAGUAGCAGAUUAUACAGGGUCAUGAAACUUAGACCAGCUCCUUCAUGUUAUUACAAAUAAGAUCUUUAAUUAAAUUUAAAGCGUGUUUUUUUUUUGUUUUUUGCUUUUGCUUUUUGUCGAGGCAAUUUUUGCCUGGUUGAUGAAUACUGUUCUACGAACAACCUUAUUUUGGUUCUUACUUAAUAUUUUAAUUUAAAAUAUUGUCAAUACAUUGCAAAAAAAAAUACUUCAAAUCUAUCUUUAACAGUGCAGUCACCCAUAGCAUAACAUCUUAUUUAAAAAGGUUGCAUUUUGGCUCUUGAAUGAGAACUGCAAGAGAAUCCCAAAAUGGGAAAAACAACUUGAUCAUUUUAAAUGCUUGAGAACAUAUCAAAGUACUGGACACUUUAGUCCUUUAGUCUAUAAAACCUGCAUUUUAUAAUGAGCAUGUAUAACUGAUGCUGUACAUGUCUGCUACCCUAUAAGGACCAGAGCUGAGAUAUGUUAUGUUAGGGUGUUUAUAACAUUUUUUUAUGCCUGUCUGUCACUUUUGAGAAAUUUAUAAAGAAAUAGAAGGAAGGAAGAAAUACACCAUGGUGAUUUAUUGCACAGACUAUGGACAAUGUACUAUUAUGGUUAUUAAAUAGAAUAGACAGAAACUACUGAACAAAUGUACUGUUCUGAUUGUUACACUGCAGAGUUACUGUCCUUUUUAAGUUUCAUUUUCUUGUGAACACUGUUGGGGGAAAAAGUUAUUUUCUCUCUUGUUAACAAAUUGUUGGACAAGUAAAAGAGGAAUUUAACACACUUUCUGUGGACUCUAGCCAACUAAAGUUGGAAAGACAAGAAAAAUAUCAUCCUUACAAUCUUCACAUGUUCAAUGUUUGUUUGCCUCUUAUGUCAUCACUGUUCUAAAUAGGUUAGCCUAGAUUGAACUAGACAGUAAUCUGUAUUAUUUUUGUAUUCUAUGAAACAGUUUAAAAAUCCUAAACUGUAUUAUAAUGUUGCUGGACUGUAAAAGUUGAUCAUCAUAUAUCUGCUGCCAAAGAGAAGCAUUCUACUGGUACAUACAGAGUUGUUGGCUGGAAUUACUGGAGAACAUUAAGUGAUAAUCAUGGGAUGAUGGACGAUGUUCUUGUUAAAAGCUUGUAAGUGUCUGCAGAUGAAAUCCGGCUAAAAGAAUCUCAGUUAUUCGAAUACCCAUGAAUUUGUGUUAAAAAUAUGGUGAUUUAUGCUGAAGGAUAUUUUGUAGUUGAGUGUAGUGAGCAAAUAUGUGGUUGAAUGAUGCUAUGGAGUAGGAAUCUACAAAAAUAUAAAUUGGAAAGAAUUAAAUGUUAUGUAAAGGUUCCAAUAAAUUUCUGUCCCUCUUGAGUGUCACAUGAUCAGUGACUGUACAAAAAUAAAUAAAUAAAUAAAUAAUUUGUUCGACAUCUUUACCUCCCUCUGGUGCUGAAUUCUGAAAGUGAGUUCACCAUGCACUAACUUCACCUACUAGACACAACAAUCCAGGCAUGAGUCAUGAAUCUAGACACAACAAAAACAAAAGAAAAUCACAGUCUGUUUUAAACCCCAGACAAAACAAUGUUCAGUUAAACAAAAGGAAAAAAAGCAUGAAAAAAAUAUCACACUGUCUGGUGUGGAUCAUGCACCUUUACCUUGCCUGGAAGCUGUAAAUGACUGUGUUCAGUAACCUUAUUUUAUCAAUAUGCCUCACUAUUUGCCCUGAUCAGGCACAAAAUAAUUUUAUUAUUCAGAGCUGGCAUGUCUUCACCAACAUGUCCUCGUGCUCUAUAAUGUGCAAGUCCAUUUAUCCACUCAUGGAUUUGAAAACCUGACCAGAUACCGAGUGUGUAGUGAGUCAAAGUGUUUGUGCCAGCCUCUAGCAAUGGCACCAGUAUCAGGCAAACAUCCCUUUAAUAUGUGAUACCUGCCACUUUAUUCAUGUUAGGGGACUGGGUAGCUGAGCCUUCUGCAUGGUAAUGUUUCUGCUGCAAUAAACACUGGCAUCACUAAGCAUGAUGACCUCAUGAAGUGGCGACAUCAGACACCAUAACACCAAAAUUACUGUCAAUAAAAUUUUGUUGUCAGUAUUUACACAUUUUAGCAAACCCUGGUCAGAGUUGUUAUCAUUACACAAUUACAAUAACAUCAAAUCAGAUGAGCUGUUUUUUUUUUUU